GGUCAUGUGAUACUCAUAUGUCACGUGUUUUACUAAAAUGAAUUUUUGUUUAGAAGUAUAGCAGUAGUAGGUCCAGCGGUAACUUCAAAUUUAUUAAAAGCAGCUUGUUUUAAUUUUGCUGUCAUGGCGUUGAUUGAAUUUGGUGUGAAAAGUAAUGGUGUAAAGUGCCGUUGAGAAUCGUAUUUUUUUAUUAGGUUACAUUUUCUGUUUACAUAGCUGAUACUGUAACAUAAGUGGAACUAGGUAAAGGGAAAUGGCAGCCGUGGCAAAAAGCGGCCUUCCGAGUUAUUAUGAGGGUAGAACGACUUUUCUUGGCGCAAGAAUUCCCCCUGAAGUAGAAGUAAUGGUUAAACAGAUGAAGAAAUUGGACAGGGAUAUAUUCAGGAGAAUCUUGAAAGUUGUUGUCAGUGCAUUGGAAGGACAAGACUGUCAAGAAUCUGUCAAACAUCUUUCAGAGAAUGUCAGCCUUUCAGAGGAACAACUUAGUUACAUCUUGUCUGGAAUGUACACCCUUAUCAGAGAGGCACUGCGACUUCCAAUGUCUACCUUCAAGCCAGAGGUAUUCAAAGAAGAUUUGAGAGAACUAAGUGUGCCAGAAGACUGUAUAACAGACUUCAGCAGUGUCGUUUUUGGAAGCAGACGUUCUGUUCUUGAAACUGCAGCUGGUCAGCAAGGAACCAGACUACCCUGUCUUGAAGACUUCAGAUGGAGAGUGGACGUUGCUGUUUCUACAAGCUCAUUGGCACGUGCACUCCAGCCUUCCAUUUUAAUGCAGAUGAAACUUUCAGAUGGAAAUGCUCACCAGUUUGAGGUUCCAAUUUCCAAGUUUCAGGAACUCAGAUACAAUGUUGCCCUUCUUCUAAAGGAGAUGAAUGAUUUGGAGAAAAGGAAUAUUCUUAAAAUUCAAGAUUGAUUUCUGCUUUGUAGGAAUUCCAGUUGGCAUCAGAAAGUAUAUUCCAUAAUGGACAGUGACUGAAGCCAGUGCCUGUAAUAAACACCAAGUGUCUAACGCAUGUAAUACUGUGACAGCUAUUAAAAGUACGACUUAAAACACUUGUGGGAAAAUA